AUGGGGGCGAAUAAGAGUAAAGCAAAGAAUAUAAAUGAAUUACAAAGUGAUAUUCAACAUUCAAAUGAAUUAUUAAAGACAAUUAAAGAUAAAUCGGGAUAUAUCAUACAAUUAAAGUUAGAUUCUACAUCGGGUGGAGUAGACCUUUUAAAAGAUGUACAACUAUGGAAGUUUAGUAGUAGUAAUAGUAGUACGAGUACGAGUAGUACUGGUAAUAGUGGCAAGAAUACAGAUACAACACCAUUGAGUGUAUUAAAGUAUAAUCAAUACUAUCAUUUCAGAGGACAAGUUGUAGAGUUUUUAGAGACGAGUAAUAGUGGACAACCAACAGUAUUUGAAACUAAAACAAAAGGAGGUGAUAUAGACUAUGACGAAGAUGAAUAUGAUCACGAAUGUCCUGUAUGUCUAGAGAAUGAAGCAACUUGUGUUGCUCCUUGUAUGCACAAGUUUUGUAAUCAAUGUAUUAAUCAAUGGAGAACCAAACAAAAAUCAUGUCCCAUAUGUAUAAGUCCCUUUAGUGAUGAUUUGGAUUUUGAAUUAAUUGAUGCACCCAAAGAAGAAGAGCUAUUACACUUUUUUAAAACUAUGGUUUUAAAGAAAUAA